AGUUUUGAUAUUAUUAGUCACAGAUCCAAGCAAACAUUAGGAUAUGGCAAGGAAGAAGGUCCAGCUCCAAUGGAUAAUGAAUGACACAACUAGGAGGACAACGUACAAGAAAAGAGUAAAGGGUCUGAUGAAGAAGGCGAAGGAACUGAGUAUCCUAUGUGGGGUUGAGGCCUGCGCCAUCGUCUACAGUCCGUAUGAUCCGCAGCCAGAGGUUUGGCCAUCUCCGAUGGAGGUGGUACGGGUGAUUGGGGAGUUCGAGUGUAGGCCAGAGAACGACCAGACCAAGAAGAGGUUAAACCAAGAAAACUACAUCCGCCAGAGGGUGGCAAAAGCCAAGGAACAAGUGGUGAAACAACAGAAGAAGAACAGGAGAAUGGAGUUGGACAACCUCAUGUACCAGUGCUUGGCUGGGGGUAGGGGGUUGCAGGGCUUAAACAUCAAAGAGCUUAGCGAUUUGAUGUGGUACAUCGAUGAUCAGCUGAAGCCAAUCAGCCACAAGAUGGAGUACUCCCACCAUCCGGCACCCCAACCAGGUGGUGCUGUCGCUCUGACUGCUGUUCCGGUUGCCCAAAAGACACCUCUAGAGGUGGCACUUGAGUCACUGGAAAAUCAGAUCCUAAUGGACACAGCUCCACAGCCUCGAGACGGUGUGGUCACUGUGGCCCACACAGAAGGGCAAGACAUGAUGCUUCCCGUUCCUCAUGAUAAUUAUGAGGACCCCAGUUUCUGGGGCGCCCCAUUCUUCCCUUGAGGAUUUGGCAAUCUGCCUUCCAAGCAUUUUUGUCCGGACACGUACCACAUAUGA